GCGCUGACCAGAAAUCACCACAGCGCUGCCUGAUACUUCUCUCUCUCUACUCCAAAAGUACAGGGAUAACUAACAUGUAGUCAGGUUAAAUCACUUCUGCUCAGGAUAUUAGGGUGGUUUUUUUUUUGUCCCCUGGGAAAUGGAGUUAGGAAAACAUGAAAGAAAAGUCUCAGGAAGAGAAGCUUUAGAGGAAAAGCAAACGGUCACUUCUCAAGAAUCUGCAACCAAACCAUUGACUUUCACAUUCGUACCAUCCAUUGGAAGACUUCCAACUCAUUUUGAGGUUGUAGAUGUCUCUAAGUUCCUUGUGACAAUUCCAGAUGAGCCAAAGGAUCUGAGCAACCAAGAAAUUAUAAAUAAGUCUAACACAGUCUCUGAUGAGCUGGCCUUAAAGAGCGGGGCCAGACAAGAACGUGUGUCCAACAUCUGUGCAGACAGCACCCGAGCGGCUUUCCAGGCUCCAGGGUGUAACUCGAGCGAAGGAGAAAUGCAGGAGAAUGACCUUUUUAAGGCUGAGUUUAUCCUGAUUACGGACUCCGGUGAUGAAGAUGAAGUAGCCACUGCCUCGAACAAUGUUCAUCGGCCUUCCAAUGGCUAUGGUCCCAUCAGUGCUCAGCUGCUGGCCACGUCCCAUGUUUCCCCUGGCACCGGCGCAGGGAAACCUCCUGGUGAUGGGCACGUUCCAGGUGCUGCACUUUUCCACAGCACUGCUGAUCCACAAAAACUUCAGUUAAUUUCUACUCUUUCCACCUCUGAUCAUCUUUCCUCUAAACAACCUGCUGUCCACUUAAUUUCUCCAACUAAUCAGAAAGUAGUGUGUGGUGCCAUGGUUAACCUGAAUCAAGCCUCUUCGCUGGAAGACUCCCGUAACAACUGGCAGUCAGCAACUGGGUUUUCUAAGCAAGAUUCAUCUCUCUACUUUCAGUCGGCUUCCCAUAGUUCACCCCCCUCCAUGUCUAAAAUAUCCUCUUCUGCAUCAAAUAGUUGUUACUCCACUCCUCGAUUGUAUGAUAACCUACAAACACCAAGUCUCUAUACCUCUGGCUGCAUUUGCAAACUGGGAGACUUUACCACAUCCUCCGUUCCAGCAAAGAGCCCAAGUCUUUCCCCCGAUCCUCCACGUUCAGCUGAAAUUCAAGGAUCUUCAUCUCAGCCUUUAUCCCCCAGUUCUUCCAAAAGAUUGAAUGCUUUAUCUCCUGUCCCUGUACAUAUAAUAACACAUUCAUUAUCUCCUAGCCCUAAACCUUUGUCUCCACCCUCUCUUUAUGGCUCCUCUUCAACCAUAUGUAGUAUAAAUGAGCCUUGCACACAAAUGUCAUUUAGAGGAAAUUUAGCAAAGUCAGGAAUCAGAUCCCCUCUGCCAACCAGACUGACCCUCUUAACUGCUAUUUUGAGAUCAGGCUCUUCUCAGCGGAGACCGCUUUCCCCUGCUUCUUGUCCCACGUUUUCUCCUUGCUCACUUGGUUCCUCAACACUCGCACUAGAUCAGAAGUCCAAAACAACUCCCCCAACCCCGAAGAAAUCUCUUUCAAGCCCUCCUAUAAGGCCAGAUUCUCCCAGCAGAGAGGAAUAUUGGCUUUCAGGAUGGGCUCGGCAUCUGCCUUUACUCUCCAAGCCUCAUCCCACCCCUAGCACGAGGUCCCUUUGUCCUAAAAAGCACCUUCCAGUUGGAACACUUCCUCUAGACUCCCAAAGUCCUCUGUCAUCCCCCGUCUCCUCCCAUAAAAAAUCAGUUGCCUCUCCAGGUUUGCAGUCUAUGCUGCCUCCUCCUUGUGCCCCAGCACCCUCUUCCCUUGCACACCCUACCUCUCCUUCUCCAGAAGGGCUGCAGUAUGCUGCCUCCAGGUCCCGGGCACCUCAGAAGUCUCAGAGAGUACACACUUACUCACCCAUCUUUACCUGCCAGUCAUAUCCUUUGCUUUCCUCUACCAGUCUUAGUGGUGUAUUCUCCCCCACCCUAGAAAAACACUCAUCUCCUUCCCCAAGUCUUUUGCAUUCAGCUUCUAGAUCUAAAUCAGAUUCAUCCCAAAUGUCUGUUCAGGAGAUGAGUGCCUCCUCUCCUACCCCUUCAAGUGUCUCAAAGCAGUGGUCUCUCUCACAGCCUCAUUCUACUCCACUGGUUCCACAAACUGGUAAUAUUAAUUCCCAUCCACUGCAGCUUAAUUCUUCAUUGGUGCACACAAAUUAUAGGUCUAAUUCCUCCUUUCCAAGACCAGAGCAAUCUGCCACCUCACCAGUGUUAAAGUGCAGAUCUCCUGUCUCAGACAAGUCACCAGGCACACUGCCAUCAAGACCUAGAGAGCUGACUGCACCACAAUCUUUUUCCCUGCCUCCUGACCAUGAGAACAUCAAACCCAAGCAGUACAAGAUCAAGACAAACUACAAGGCAUUUGCAGCAAUCCCUACAAACACAUUACUUAUGGAACAGAAGGCAUUAGAAGAGCCAGCCAAGACUGCUAGUGUGACUGAAGGCCCUGCUUUGGACACCCAUUCAGAGACGUGCUCCCCUGCCCAGCUCAGACAACAAACAGAAGAGCUGUGUGCUGUCAUUGAUCAAGUCCUGCAGGACCCGUUGACUAUGCGCCGAUGCGAGUCUUCUCCAAGUUUUCUGCAGAUGAGCACGGAGUCAGAUGUUGGCAAGGUAUCAACAGCACUGCAGAGAGCAGCUGGGCGUGAAACCAGAUAUGCCAACCUUUACAAAUCGGUACCUAUGGUAACAGAGAGUCAGCUGACAAAACCUGGUGUCAUUCGUCCCGUGCUGGUGAAAGGAAAGAGUGCACAGCAAAAGGAGGAGCCCUAUCAACCCAAUCCUUUUAAAAAGUACCUUGAAGAAAUCAGUGAUCAAGAUGUUGAGCAGGAGACUGCUCUCCUACACCCUCUGUAUCCAACUAAACUGAUCCCUCCAACUAAGUCCCCUUUGCGCCCUCCGUCCGUCUCCCUCGCUGAUUGUCUAAAACCUGGACCUUUCAGCCACUUGUCUUCCAUCACGUGUGACGUUCAUGAGAAUCCUUAUAGCCCUUACAGUCACAACUCUUUGUACAAUAAGCCCAGUCAUCCCAUUGUGCCUAUUCCAGAAAAUGAAACACUCAGCUCUAAGGAGGUUGCCAAUGAAAGAAGUUCUGUUUAGCUAUGGUGCCCCGAAUUAGGAUCAAGAGCUAAAACCGUAGAGUAUUUUGAGGCCUGUUUCUAUACUAAGAAGGAAUCCACAGCACAAAUGUUAAAGCACCAUUUAAAAAAAUAAAUUGCUUCCAAUAUGCUAAUUGCAAAGCAGUAAUAACAAUCAAUGUUCUUUCAAGAGAUAAUCUUAUGUACUAGCAUAAUUAACCCCAGAGAUACACACAUUAAUGUGCCAUAUUGAAAUAUGAUUUCUUGAAGUGCUUGCUGGUUUAAGAGAUGCCCAAAAUAACACAGCAUAUUUUCUUUAGAAAUAAUAUAAAUGCUGAAAUUAAAUAAAGCCAUAUUUUUGU